CCCUCGGCCUGGUACUGUACAUGGGUGCCAGGGGGUUUCGAGCCUCUAGCGAUUCAAUCUUUGUGUCUAGGAUCGAACCCACCUCCAUGUUGCGGUCUUGUGCGCUACAGCGACAGGCCUGAGGUCACGGACACACAAUCGUCGUCGAUGCCACUCACAACAUGCUACUCAAAUCGACGUAUCCGCCGCUGGACAUCCCGGAGACCAACAUAUUAUCCUACAUCUUUCCGCCAGGCCAGACGCCUUCUGACAAGCCAAUAUGGAUAGAUGUGAAGAACCCGGCCCCCAGUCUCUCACCCCGUCAGGCGCUGGUAUGGAUCAAACGACUUGGGUCGUUGCUUGAUUACCUGAGCAUUCAAAAGGGUGAAGCAGUCAUGAUCCUCACUCCUAAUCACAUCUUCGUACCCGUUGCAUAUCUCGGCAUCACAGGUGCGGGCAGAGUGUUCAGUGGCGCCAACCCGGUCUACACAGCGACGGAAGUCGAAUACCAGAUCAGAAACACCGGUACCCGUCUCAUCCUCGCGCACCCUUCGCUGGCACAGACAGCGGUAGAGGCUGGAAGGCGUGCAGGAAUCCAAAAGGAUCGGAUAUAUCUCUUUUCCGAUCACGAAUGCGAGUCUUUCGGUGGAUUGAUCGACUGGCGAACCGCAUCAGUCGACCCUGACUUUACGUGGGAUCCUAUGGGCUCAGCAUCCAAAACCGCUCUAGCUACCAUUAACUACUCCUCGGGCACUACUGGCCUACCCAAAGGUGUCUGCGUAUCCCAUUUCAAUAUCGUGGCGAACUCGGAACAAACCAUAUUCAUGAGGAAUCUCGAAACCUCGCAACAAGAUGAGCGAUGGCUCGGGUUUCUACCACUAUACCAUGCAUAUGGUCAACUUUACGCAUGCGUUAUGGCGCCAAAGCUUCUCAUACCCAUUUACGUUAUGCAAAAAUUUCAGUAUGAAGACUUCUUGCAGUCUAUCCAGCAUUUUAGGAUCACGCAUCUUCAGAUUGCGCCGCCUAUCCUCGUCAUGCUAGACAAGCGACCCGAGACGUCACGAUAUGAUCUGAGCAGCAUCAAUAAUAUUCUUUGUGGAGCAGCACCACUUUCGAAGCAAUUGCAAACGUCGAUAUCUCGGAUAUACAAUGUCGUCAUCAUUCAGGGCUGGGGCAUGACAGAGGUUACUUGUGGAGCUAUCCAUGUGCCCGGUGGGCUUAAAGACGAUUCCGGGAGUGUCGGGCUAUUACACCCCAAUUGCGAAUGUAAGCUCGUCGAUGACGUCGGCAAUCUUGUCGGUCCAGGUCAGCCAGGGGAGAUCUUGAUCCGAGGUCCUCAGGUUUGUUUGGGAUACUGGAAGAAUGAGAUGGCCACCAAGGAAGCUAUUGACAGAGAGGGAUGGUUGAAAACAGGGGAUAUUGCGAUUGUCAAGGACAAUUGGUUUUGGAUCGUCGAUCGAAAGAAGGAACUGAUCAAAGUCAAUGCGCUACAGGUCGCUCCGGCCGAGCUCGAAGCGAUACUACUGCAGAACGACCAUGUCGCUGAUGCCGCGGUUGUGGGCAUCAUGUUAGGAGGGGAAGAAUGGCCGCGCGCAUAUAUUGCUCUCAAAGAGGAUAGCAAAGGUGAAAUCAUGCCCGAGGAGCUGCAGCAGUGGAUCAAGGAGCGUGUCGCGAAGCACAAACAGUUGGUUGGAGGUGUCCAAUUCGUGGACGAAGUCCCCAAGCUGGCCAGUGGGAAGAUUCAGCGCAAGGUUCUUCGGGAAUGGGCUAAAAGAGACGCCAAAGAAAUCGAAGGUGGUCUUGAUGCUAAACUGUAGAAUCUAAUGUGCACAGAUAAGAGCGAGUG